AUGGUACUUUUCGACUUCAGCUCAAACUUAUCACCAGGGACAACCUUCAGAACCCUUCGCCCCCCUCAAGCCCCUACUAUAGAACAACCUCUCCUCAAAGAUCUUGAUAUCCUCCGCAUUGACUCUCCCUUCCUUCUUCGCCUGAUUCGCCAACCUCCGUACAUGCAUAGCAUCGUACUCCGUGUUCCUAGUGAGCCACCAAGUCCACAAGUCCCACACCACACCACUGAACAGAAUCGUCGCAAUUCCUCCAAGAAUAUAGACCUAACGCCACGCACUCAACCCGGAGAGGCCAUCUAUGUACGGGAUGCUAUAUGCGAGGAGCGCGAAACAUAUACCAGACACGGCGCCCCAGGAGAAGAAAUACGCGAUCACACGUCCCAUUUCAUCAGGGCGAUACCAGGUCUGGCACUGCUCCAGCAGACCAGGGAACAUUCUGACUUCGAACAUGCCCAGCAAGAACCUCAUGGCGUAAAGAUCAUGCCGGUUCCGUGCCGCGGCGUGACAUGUCGUGAUGAUGCCCCAGUUGGCACCAAGCAUGAAGGCAAAUGGAUUGUCGAUGCACCCUUUAUCGUCGACCCUUCACCUCAACGUACGCCAGUGCGCUUCCAAGCUGGGACUUCGGCUGCAGGCAUGAAAUUUGGAUCGCCACACGCGGAAGCUACCUUCGUGGUCGGACUGUCGCCGCACGUCGUAGCGCCCCGUGUCAGGGCUAUCCGAAAACAAGCUGCCGCAGCCGGACGAGACCCUCAGACAAUCAAGAUCUUCGCCAUGAUCACGCCGAUCAUUGGCAAAGACGAGGAGAACGCUGAGAGAAAGCACCGCGAAGCUCUUCAGUAUGCAUUUGAAGAAGGUGGUCUGGCGCAGUGGUCGACUGGCACGAGUAUUGUGCAUAAUCUGCAGUACGCUGGGUCUGAAAUUCCGCCGCUGACCGUUCGCAACCUUGGAAAGCUUGUCGCGAUAGAUGGCUCUGGAGCGAUGCCGAAAGGAUCGCCAUCACAGGUUCCUGAUAUCUUCGAGCAGUGGGUCGAUAUUGCUGAUGUCGAUGGGUUUAACAUCGCAUACGUUGUUUCACCUGGCAAUUUUGAAGAGCCUCGGAACUGCUUGUCUCGGAACUUAGGAGAAGAGGGCUGCUGGACGACCGUGUUCGGCCGGAUGCGCCGGUGCUGAGAGAAUCUAUGGAAAGGGACAGAAGUCACUGCGAAGCGAC